AUGUCCCGAAAAGCACGUGUGGAAUAUGUUCAAAACAGUGAACCGGCUUUUAUCCGUCAAUUCAAACAGCGUGCCGGAAUCCCUAUCUCCGAUACAGUCGAUUCGAAGCGAUCUCAACUGCCCCAUGAUGAUGGUGAUCACGGGGAUCGUCCCGAAGCACGAGCCUUUUUGGCUGACUGUGCGAUCAAAGAGAAAGCAAAAGUUGAUCCCAAGAAUGACGGCAGUUCCGAAUUGUCGUCUGUCGCAGGUUUGUAA